UGUGGAUCUUGUAUGGGAUUCGUAAAAAAAUGAUAGUCUGAAGGCUGCUGAGAGAAGACGUCGAGGACAUGGUGACCGACGAAAAGUCAUCGAUAAAACUCCCACUGAGUUGAAUUUAAUUUCUACGAGUAGAUGAAAAGGAAAUGGAGCUGUUUUCUUUCCUUGGAAAGCACCUACUUCAGCUUGUGGAGAAGGAAUUGUCUUCAGGAAAGAUUGUCAUCACCACCAAUGCCACUGUAAGCUGUUUUCCUUUCCAAAUGUCAACUGAAGUGUCUUCUUUCUCACCAUUUACACAUGAAGAAGCAGAUAUUCGUUGCAUUCAACAUGUUUUGAGUUGUGUACAAUUCCAGAUGGUUAUUAGCUUUAAAAUUCAAUAAUUGAGCAGCGCUGCACGAGAAUCCUCUAGCUGGAAUUCCCAGCCAAGCUACUUCAUCCCAGCUGAAGAAAGAUGUGGCUGAAUACUUUGUACCAAGCGAUCGUAUUCUACAAUUUUGUUACAACAAAUGGAUCGAUCGAAAAAACUGCUUUUCACCGCACUGCACUGCUUCACUUGAACAUGGAAAACACCAGGCUGAAGAGUGGUCUGAUAUCGAAAGAGAAAUUGCCUACUGUGUUGUCCUGUACACAACGUUGCAUUAAAAUCGAAAGCUGCAAAAGCAUCAACUACAAAGCUUCUACGAUGGAAUGUGAAAUUUUGUCUGCGAAUACUUUGGAAAGCAGUUCAGACUUGCUUGAAGAUGAACCUGGCUGGGAUCACCACGAGCCUUUGCCGGGGAGAUGUGAGGCAUACGACAGAGAGCAGUUGUGUGGUGCAGAACAAGUUUGUCAAGAAGAUUAUCAUUCAUGUGCUGGAUACAAGUGCAAAAAUUUAGAAAACAUUGCAUUUGGAAGAACGGCCAGCCAGUCUUCUACCUAUUCAGACGGAAUCGCAAACAUAGCUGUUGAUGGAAAUGACGCUACAAACUACAAAGCAGGUUCCUGUAGCCAUACAUCUAACACUUUCCCACAUUGGUGGAGGGUUGAUUUCGGCAAAACUGCUGUUGUCCAUUCAGUAAAAAUCACAAACAGAGGUGAUUGCUGUGGAGAUCGUCUUUCAGACUUCAACAUUGUAGUUGGCAACAGUAUUGAAGGCAAUGGCGGCAGCAAUUCAGCUUGUGCGGUUGGUCAAAGUGUCCCACAAGGUGGCACAAAGUUGUUUCCAUGCCGUCCUAGGCUUCAUGGCAGAUACCUGUAUAUACAGCAAAACAGAGCGGAGGCAUUAACACUGUGUGAAGUGAGGGUAUUUGGCGAAUUUCUCGAAUGAAACUUGUUGUCCAAUGACUGGACAUAAGAAGCACGUCUGCUUAUCGCACAACCAGGGCUAAACAUAACAUCGAGAGCGACUCCUUGGAUACUUAUCAAGCCCGUCUGUUUGAUUAUCACAGUUGCUAGUUUUUCCUAGAUUGUUGAAUUGCUUGUAGUCUUACGAUUUAAUAAAUCCAAGCUUGUUACUAAACAUAAUAUGUUCUAAUUCGAAAAGAAGUUCUUAAAAUUUUUUCUCUUCUUUCACAAUCAUCUAAAUCAAGGAUAGAGCCAUGGUUGAAGUCACAAAAUAUUUUAAAUCAAUUUGAAAAUAUUUGUUACUUGGAAACGGUUGUUUACCAAAUUAUUUAACGUUAUUUAACGUAGGUGAUGAAAACUCACAUGUGCCUGCGCAUCAUGUACAGUUUGUUUAUACUGAUAAGAACCAAUAAUUAUUUCUUAAACACAGUGCUCCCGAGAAAAAUGUGCAACUCUAAUCUUCCUUAAAAAAUACUUGCUGCGUGAACUUCCUAUUUCUACAGAAAUUUUGUUCCAGCAUUUUGCUCCGCGGUAACGUACUGACCUUGAACCUUAUCGCAAGGUGUUUUUAUGACAUACAAAAAUGCUAUCGUUGGGGGCAUGUCGUGUACCAUCUUGAUGAACAGAUUCAACAAAUUGAAAGAAAGAACGAGAGCAAGCAGGGGAGAUUUUAUUGACUGAGUCGUAUACAAAACUAAGCGAUUUAAGCUGAAAGAGAUCGUGCAAGCUUUGAAUCUCCAAGUCCAAGAAGAUAUGUGAAGUGGGUGAUGUAAAAUUCUUCUGUAACAUUUUUCUGUAACAUGACAAAAACAGUUGAUAUAAAUUUCAGAGGUAAGUCCCCAAAUCAAAACACCAUACUGAAGGAAAGGUGAAAAUAAGCAGUUUUAGAGACAACUUAGAAUAAUAAAGGGUGAAAAGAGCCUUACUUUAGAAAAUCCCAUGGAUUCUUGCAUGUUUUUUACAAAGUUCCAUCUGGUGAUAUUUCCAGGAAAGUCUUUUUUCUAAAAAAAAUCACCAAGAAAUUUAUCAUAGCAAGAUCUUUCUUCAAGGAGGCUACCAAUUUUGAUGCUUAUUGUUUCAUUUUAAGGCUAUUGAGCUGACUUAAAAAUAACGAAGUCGGUUUUAUCAAAAUUCAAUGACACUUUGUUCACAUGGAGCCAAUUAUCUACCUUUUUAAAUUCUUUGUUAACUACUCCUUGCAGUUGAUAAAUAUUUUCAGCUACAUAAUAAGUGUUAGUAUCAUAAGCAAAUAGAUAUGAUGAUAGCUUAGACGAUAAUACGGGUAAAUCAUUAAUGUACAUGAGGAAUAGAAGAGUGCCAAGAGCAGGACCCUGUGGGAACCCACAAGUAACAUUGAAAAAGCCAAAGUUAAAUCACUGCUAAAAGUCUUGGAACACUAACGUCAGUUUUCAAAGGCAAAUUCAGCCACCCCCCUCUCCCUCUAAGAACAAUGUUUAUUUACUAUAGAAAAAAGGAAGGGGUUGUGGAGUACGAUUUUUCGUGUGCCUUGUAUGAUAUUUUUUUAUACUUUUAACAUUGUUUUUUUUGGGGGGGAGGGGGACGGAAGUGUUUGGUGUUCCAAGUAAUUUUGGCAGUGAUUGUAGGUCCAGUUAAUGAGACGAAUUGCAUCCUUUCCGAGAGAUUAGAUUUGAAACAAUCUAACAAAGUUCCCCAAUUACAUAAUGGUCAAACUUGGAAAACAGAAUAUCAUGAGUCACUGUAUCAAAUGUCUUUUGCAAAUCAAUCAAUGUACUGCAUAAAUAAUUUACUGCAUCUGGGUAAUUGGUUUAAUAGUUUUGAUAAGAUAUAGCUGAGCUUAUAAGAAAUCAGAUCAUUGUGCGAGUGGAAACAUGAAA